AUUGUAAGAAUUUGCAACAUAUACUGCAAAAAAGAAUAAUAUAGUUGGAAUCUUCUAUAUCGUGAGGCCCACCAAAAGAAAAGUAGAGAAGAAAAAACCCUUAAAGAGAAAGAAUCUUCCUUUUCGCUGACUCUCCACUGCUCUCAAUCGACCGCCUACCUUCACAUAGAGACUGAAGAACCUGACGACUUUCACAGAUCUCUCUCUGUAACGGUAGUCGCAUCAAUGGCAAUCGCUUCCUGCUUCUUCUGUGUCCCGACUCCGAACACAUCUAUCUCUGAAUCCAAUCUCAAAUGGCCUCUCCUCGCUUCUUCUCCUAGACUCUCUUCCUCCUCCUUCGCCGGUGUAAUCUCGGCCAAGUCCGUCUCUUUCCACCGCCGUGUCCCAAUUUCCCCUGUUUUCUCCGCUUCAAUCGACAACGGCGGCUCUGAUAAUAACAACAACGGUGGUGGUGGUGGUGGCGACGACGGAGGUAAGAAUGAUGGGAAUGGAGACGGUGGCGAGGACAGGGACAGGAACAGGAACGAGGCGAUGAUUUUAUUGGCGGAGUCUGGGACCGGAUUGGAUACUCUUCCCAAGGAUCUAGCGGCUGCUAUUGAGUCGGGUCGGAUUCCUGGAUCGGUUAUUACCCGGUUCCUCGAACUCCAGAGAUCGGCUGUGAUGCGGUGGCUGAUGCAGUUUGCUGGGUUUAGGGAAAGAUUGUUGGCCGAUGAUCUCUUCUUGGCCAAACUCGCCAUGGAAUGUGGUGUUGGAGUCUUCACUAAGACUGCAGCUGAGUAUGAACGGCGUAGAGAAAACUUCUUCAAUGAACUUGAAGUUGUUUGUGCCGAUGUGGCAAUGGCUAUCAUUGCUGAUUUCAUGUUAGUGUAUCUUCCUGCUCCUACCGUUUCUCUACGACCACCACUCGCACUUACUGCUGGAGGUAUAUCCAAGUUUUUCCACAACUGCCCAGAGAAUGCCUUCCAGAUUGCUAUCUCUGGAACCUCAUAUACUCUCUUGCAAAGGCUAGGUGCUAUAGCGCGGAAUGGGGCUAAGCUAUUUGCCGUAGGCACCACAUCAUCGCUGGUUGGUACUGCUGUUACAAAUGCAUUUAUAAAAGCAAAAGGAGCAGUGGACCAGUCUUCUGAAGGUGAACUCGAGACUGUUCCAAUUGUCUCCACAAGCGUUGCAUACGGUGUCUAUAUGGCAGUUUCUAGCAACCUAAGGUACCAAGUAUUGGCUGGUGUGAUUGAACAACGUCUCCUGGAGCCAAUGCUACACCAACACAAACUUGCACUCAGUGCGAUGUGUUUUGCUGUUAGAACAGGCAACACUUUCUUGGGUUCCUUACUAUGGGUGGAUUAUGCACGUCUCAUAGGGAUCCAGAAAUCUCAUUGAUUAAGCAGAAGAUGAAGAAGAACCUUAUGAGCCCGAUUCGAACAUGAUCUGCUUUUGACCUAUGUAUACGAAACUACUUUGUCUUCCUUCGCAAUUGUUUCUGAUUUUCAGGCCAUUUUAUUGUCUUUUUGGUCCUUUUUUUCUAGAAAAUUAGUCGAUAAAUCCAUGCAAACUUUCACAAAGCACAUAAGACUACGCAUUUUGAUU